AGGUGAUGGCCUACCAAAUGCUAGCAAUGCCAUCACAGUGAAGAAAAAGGAGCUGGCAACGUGGAGCCACCAUGGAGGAGAACAGAUGGUUUUUGAACAUCAUUCAGGAUGACUUCAUGAAUGGGAAGAUUGAUUUAGACCGCACUGUUAAGCUACUUGAAAAACUGCAUAUGCCUUUUAAUCUCGCCCAUGUGAAACAUGUUUUCAAGAAAACAGUUGACAAGCGGAAGGUACAUACCAUUAACAUGGAAGACUUCAGAGCAAUUUAUCGAGCUAUUGUACACAGAAAUGAAUUUCAUGAAAUUUUCUGUGCUUACUCUCAAAACAACAAAAAUCUUGCUGACACUGAGCUCAUUACAUUCCUCAAAAAAGAACAAUUUAAAACUGAAGAUGCUGAAACAACUGCCCUAGAAGUUAUUUUGAAGUAUGAACCCAUUGAUGAAGUUAGGAAAAGAAGGGAAUUGUCAUUUGAAGGAUUUAUAAGGUACAUGAGUUCAGAAGAUUGUAUAAUAUUCAAAAAAGAGCACCGGACCGUCUACCAAGAUAUGAACCACCCAUUAUGUGACUAUUUUAUUUCAUCUUCUCACAAUACCUACUUGGUAUCUGACCAGCUAAUAGGGCCCAGCGAUUUAAAUGGAUAUAUCAGUGCUCUGUUAAAAGGAUGUCGUUGUCUGGAAAUUGACUGCUGGGAUGGCUCAAACAAUGAUCCUGUUGUGUAUCAUGGUCACACCUUAACAAGCAAACUUUCAUUUUGUUCUGUAAUUCAUGCAGUAGACAAGUAUGCUUUUGCGGCAUCUGAUUAUCCAGUUGUACUGUCUUUGGAGAAUCACUGCAGCCCUAAGCAACAAGAAAAGAUGGCACAUUAUUUACUAAAUAUCCUAGGUGACAAACUUCUUACUUCAACAAUUGGUGACACAGUGGUGGCUCAAUUACCUUCUCCUGAGGCAUUAAAAUUCAAAAUAUUGGUUAAAAAUAAGAAAAGUGGAACAAUUGAAGAAACUAUGCUCAGGAAGGGUCAGGACAGUCGUGGUGAAACAGGGGAAGUAACUGAAGAUGAACUUUCAUCAAGCGAAGAGGAGACUGAUGAAAAAGGCCCUCUUUGCCCAAACAGUGGUACAUCAAAAAGAAAAUCUGAAGGUAGAUCUUCACCUCCACCUCGAAAAAAAGCAAAGAUGAAGAAGAUAAAGAUUGCCAUUGAGUUGUCGGACCUUGUGAUUUAUACCAAAUCUGAGAAGUUUGUAAGCUUUGAGCAUUCAAUAGCCAAUCAGAAGUGCUAUGAAAAUAAUUCAAUUGGAGAGCUUAAAGCACGAAAAUUUUUAAAACAUGCAGCUACUCAGUUUGUUUCACAUACUUCACGAUUCAUUACAAGAAUCUACCCAAAAGGAACAAGAACAGAUUCUUCAAAUUAUAAUCCUCAAGAGUUCUGGAAUGUAGGAUGCCAAAUGGUGGCCUUAAACUUCCAGACACCAGGAGUACCAAUGGAACUGCAAAAUGGGAAAUUCUUAGACAAUGGUGGCUGUGGAUAUAUUCUGAAACCAGAAUUCCUAAGAAAUCGCAAUUCAACAUUCAACCCACACAAUGUGGGAAGAUACAGUAAACCAAUGUCUCUGUCAAUAAGGCUCAUCAGUGGUCAUCAGUUACCACCCAGUAACCUGUCGAAGAGUAACAAAGCUGACCCUUUAGUGCAGAUAGAAAUUUACGGUGUGCCAGAAGAUCAAGUGAAAAGAAAAUCUAGUGUCAUAAAAAGCAAUGCUCUGAGUCCUAGAUGGGAUGAAACUUUCUCUUUUACUGUCCAAGUUCCAGAACUAGCACUGAUACGCUUCUGUGUACAAGAUGAGAUCUCUCUGGUUGCUAACGAUUUCCUUGGUCAAUACACUUUACCACUGCUGAGUCUGAGUAAAGGUUACUGUACCGUUCCUCUGUUUUCCAAACGUGGUGGCAAACUUGAACCUGCAUCUUUGUUUGUGUACGUCUGGUACUACUAAUAAUGCUCUGCAAUAGUUGUCAUUCUGGUGAAUCGCACCCCACUCAAUAAAGCAACAUCACUUGGCUUGCAACAACCCACUACUCUGAUUUCCAGAGUGGCAUGUU